GGAGACAUAUGAGCAUGCAUUAUGAUUGGAUGAGAUAGAAACAUCCUGGUUUGAUUGGGAUAUAAAUACUGAGUCGAAGAGUUCCUCUUUGUCACACACUGUGCAGACUUUCUUGCAAGAAUAAACCCUGUUUUUUUUCUUAUACUAUAAUAGUCUCUGAGUUAUUGGCUCACAAGAACUGAAAACAUUUUUCCAUAACAAAGAGAGCGUCUCAGAGUGAAGUUCUCAUGGCGUCUCUCCAUACAUUACUGAUUCUGUGUGGAUGUGCCACAGCCCUGUGUUUGCCAACAUCUUCACUCACAGGCAAUACAGUGAUUGAUGUGGAUAAUGGAAAAGACCUGGAUAUAUUUGAAAUAAAUGAAGCGGCAGGACUUGACCUGGUGGAAGGAGACAUUCUGAUAAAGGAGGGAGAAGACAGAAACACUAUUCUGGAUGAAAAGUAUCGCUGGCCGACCACUGUGCCAUAUGUCCUAGACAGCAGCCUCGAAGUCAAUGCUAAAGGUGUGAUACUGAGAGCAUUUGAGCAAUACAGACUCAAGACCUGUAUUGACUUUAAACCCUGGGAUGGAGAGCCAAACUACAUUUUCGUAUUUAAAGGCAAAGGAUGUAACUCAAAGGUGGGGAAUCGACGGAUGAGGAAACAAGAGUUGUCAAUUGGUGCAGACUGUGACAGUUUAGCAAUAGUGGAGCAUGAGUUUCUGCAUGCGCUGGGUUUCUGGCACGAGCAAUCCAGAUCUGACAGAGACGACUAUGUCACCAUCAUGUGGGACCAGAUUAAAGAGGAUCAUAAAAAAAACUUUAAUUUACGUAAUGAAACGGUGUCAAGCUCUCUCGGUGUGCCCUAUGAUUAUGGUUCAGUCAUGCACUACAGUAAGAAAUCCUUCAGCAAAGGCAGUAAGCCAACCAUUGUUACCAAAAUACCAGAAUUCUUGGAUGUGAUUGGUCAACGCAUGGAGUUUAGUGACAGUGACCUGCUCAAGCUGAACCGGCUAUACAAUUGUACUACAGCCUCAAUUUUUCUGGACUCUUGCCAGUUUGAGGAGCCGAAUAUCUGUGGUAUGAUCCAGGGUGAUGGUGGAAAUGCCAAAUGGGCUCGAGUACAAAUGGUAGAGGGCGGUCCACAGACGGACUACACCAACCUGGGUCAAUGUAAAGGGGUUGGGUUCUUCAUGCAUUUCAGCACAGCCACAGGAACCAAGGGUGACAAGGCUUUCCUGGAAAGUCGCCUCUUUCACCCCAAAAGACGCUCCCAAUGCCUCCAGUUCUAUCACUACAACAGCGGGGGCAUUGAUGACCAGCUAAACAUCUGGGUGCGUGAAUACACCGUUAAAAACCCCAAAGGAGCCCUGAGACUCAUUCAGAAGAUCAGUGGUGGACGUGGACGCUUCUGGAAACUAUAUCAUGUUACACUAGAUGUCUCUGAUAAAUUCAGAGUAGUGUUUGAAGGGGUUAAAGGAAAAAAACCAUCAAAGGGUGGUCUUUCUCUGGACGACAUCAACCUCUCAGAGACCAAGUGUCCUCAACACAUUUGGCGCAUUCGUGAUUUGAAAAGGCUUCUUCCUAAAACCCCUGCUGGUUCCGGAACCUACAGCCCCCGCUUCAUAUCCCCAGAUGGUUACUCAUUUCAGAUUGGUUUGUACAUUAAUGGCUUGAAGGAUAGUCCAAAUAAAACAGCAAUCUACUUCCACUUGACCUCUGGACUCUAUGAUGAAAAACUUAAAUGGCCAUGUCCGUGGCGUCAGGCAUCUAUUGAGCUGAUGGACCAGAAUCCAGACAUCCAACAUCGCAUGAACAACAUUAAGAUGAUCACUACAGAUCCAAAGAAGCCCUUAACGGAUUACAUGGGUAAAGGUAAGUAUUUCUGGGACAACCCACGAAAAGUAGGCAGUCUAGUCACUGGCACAAAUGGUAAAAAAUUCUACCGGGGCCCAGGUUACAAAAUGAGCAACUACAUCACACACGAUCGUCUGAAGAGUCGAAGCUUCAUUAAAGGAGAUGAUGCCAUCUUCCUCCUCUCCCUUGAAGAUGUGACUGGACUUUUGAAGACAAAGAGACCAAAAAUCAGAGACCUGCGAUUAGAGAUUGAUGACCGUGAGGCAGAGGAGGAUCCAAAGAGACAGAUGGUUAACCCCAGAGUCCUGGGACCAUGGACUAAAAGAUCCCCAUGAGAUGCAGCAUACAUCAAGAAGCCUAAAUGGAGGGAGAGAGAGAGAGAGAGAGAGAGAGAGAGAGAGAGAGAGAGAGAGAGAGAGAGAGAGAGAGAGAGAGAGAGAGAGAGAGAGAGAAUCUUUCCAGGAUUUGCCAGAUUGUGUCUUCAUUAAUGAGCUGGAGCUACUGUAUCAUAACUUGUAAAAAAUGUCUCCUUAAGAUUAAUUUCUUCUAAUUGUCCUCAAAUUGCUUUGGAUAAAUAUGCCUGCAAAAUGAAUACAUGUAAAAGUGUCAAAAGAAGUCGUCAACCGUUAAUGCUCCCACAUUUUAUUACUGGUUUGUUGUAGUCAGUUACAAAGUGCUUUAUUAUAAAUAAUUGUAACAAGGUCAAGUCAAAAGGGUCUGGGGGUCAAAUCAGUCUCCAUAUCUAUUUUGCAUUUAGAUUGUGGAAUUGGCUCAAACAAAAUGAGGGGAAAAAAAGAAACAUUACCAGAAGUCACUGAAUAACCAAAAAAACAUACUAAUACAUAUUUAUCCUAGUUUUGCUUAUUUUUAUUGUCAUCAGUAAUAUAAAUCAGGGUGUUUUGUGUUAUAUUCUACAUUAUUUAAUAAAUGUUUAUUGAAUAUGUUUGUA